AUGGUCAGGAACACGGAUCUGGACGGGGUCAAUGUGGAGGACGAGGACGAGGAGUGGUGCGUGGAGAGGCCGCUGGGCCUUUGCCACGUGAACUCCGACUCGAGCAUCGGCCCCCACUGCGAGGAUCCUGGCGGCUCCAGCACUGUGACGCCGCCUCCCGAGGCUGCUGCCGACCAGCAGCGCGCGCUCGCAGAAGCUCCUGACAAGCUCCUCAUGGCCCUCUUCAUGCAGGGGAAGGACCCCAGCUCCAGCAGCACCGGGACGCCGCGUCCCGAGGGCAGCGGUGCUGACGAGGGUUGCAAGCCCGCCGAGGCGGGGCCUGGGGACUGGCACGGCACCGACACCACGGUGAUGCUCCGCGGCUUCCCCCGCAGCUACCGCCGCGAGAUGCUGGUCGACCUGCUGAACACGUCGGGCUACUCGGGGCAGUUCGACUUUGUCUACAUGCCGAUGUGCCUGGAGUCUGGCGCCUGCUUCGGCUAUGCCUUCGUGAACACGAUUGAGCGGGCGACCGCGGUGCACCUCCAGAGGUUCUUCGACGGCCUCGCCACCGCCCCGUUCUCGGCCUCGCAGCCCUGUUCGACGACAAAGGGCCGACUGCAGGGGCUGGACGCGAACAUCAAACAGUACCAGAACAGCCCCCUAAUGUGCGAGUCGGUGCCGGAUGGCUUCAAGCCAGUGCUGUUCAGGGAUGAUGGAGUGCGGUACCCUUUUCCGAAGCCGACGGUCUCGGAGUUGAAGAAGCUCAGGCUGACCCGCAAGACGAAGCUUGGGGCGAGCACGCGGGCUCGUCCCAGGCUUCUCCGGGGCGAGUCCGGAGGAGGCGCGGCCUCGGACAGGUCUUGA